AUGUCAAGAAUGAGCCAUACCGGAACGGGAUCGAACAAAGUCGAAUUUGAAUUUCUGUUCUCAAACAAAGAAGGAUCUGCUAGUGAGCACAGUAUCUCGAGCAUGGUAUCCAGUAUUUCUGUAUCGCAAGAUGAAAAUUUUCGCGUGUCAAAACAUGCGGAAAAUAGUUUCAAAGUUAUGGAACAAUAUUUACAUGAACAACAAUUGACAGAUGUCAUAUUAAUUGCAGGAAAAAAACGUUUCCCUGCACAUCGUUUAGUACUUAGUGCAAGUUCAGAAUAUUUUGCUGCCAUGUUUACUAGUUCUUUGAGAGAAUCCACACAAAAUGAAGUUGAACUAACGGGUGUAGAUGGAGACGCAUUAUGGACUUUGGUUUGUUACUGUUAUACAGGUUGCAUAGAAUUAAGGGAAGACAGCGUAGAAACUCUUCUAGCAACAGCGUGUUUGUUGCAACUAAAUCCAGUUGUUAAAGCUUGUUGUCAAUUUCUCAGAAAACAACUUCAUCCAAGUAAUUGUUUAGGGAUAAGAAUGUUUGCAGAUACACAAGGUUGCUUAGAUUUAUUGGAACAUGCUAAUGCAUAUACGACUAAACAUUUCAUGGAAGUUACAAAAAAUCAAGAAUUUUUAUUACUGUCUGCCAACGAGGUUGCCAAACUUUUGGAAUCUGAAGAUCUGAAUGUUCCUUCAGAAGAAAUUAUUUUUCAUUUUAUAGCAGAUAAUAUUGAAAGUAAUGAAAUGUUCAAAGAUCAAAGAGUAGCACAGGAGUUAGUUAUGGAAGCAUUAAAAUAUCAUCUUUUACCUGAGCGUAGACCAUUACUUCAGUCAGGACGUACAAAACCCAGGAAAGCCACAGUGGGUCAUAUGUUAGCUGUUGGAGGAAUGGAUGCUAAUAAAGGUGCUACUUCUAUAGAUGCAUUUUCUUUACGUGAUAAUGCUUGGAAAUCUAUUGCUACGAUGAAUAGUAAAAGACUUCAAUUUGGUGCUGCUGUUGUUGAUAGAAAAUUAAUAGUUGCUGGUGGAAGAGAUGGAUUGAAAACAUUAAAUACUGUUGAAUGUUUCGAUUUCUCGACUUUAACUUGUAGUACACUAUCACCUAUGAAUAUUCAUAGGCAUGGAUUAGGGGUUGCUGUAUUAGGUGGACCUUUGUAUGCAGUGGGUGGUCAUGAUGGUUGGAGUUUCCUUGAUACUGUUGAAAGAUGGGAUCCAGCUACACGCCAGUGGAGUUCAGUCUCUGCAAUGUCUAUACAAAGAUCAACAGUUGGUGUUGCUGUACUGAAUGAUAAAUUAUAUGCUGUGGGUGGAAGGGAUAUAAGUUCAUGUUUAAAUACAGUAGAAUGUUAUGAUCCUCAUACGAAUAAAUGGAUACCGUGUGCUCCAAUGUCAAAACGACGAGGUGGUGUGGGCGUAGGUGUGGUAAACGGAUGUCUUUAUGCAUUAGGUGGUCAUGAUGCACCUUCUAGCAAUCCUAAUGCUAGCAGAUUUGAUUGUGUUGAAAGAUAUGAUCCUAAAACAGAUACAUGGACUAUGGUAGCGCCAAUGAGUGUGCCAAGAGAUGCAGUUGGUGUUUGUGUGCUUGGUGAUCGACUUAUGGCUGUAGGAGGUUAUGAUGGUCAACAAUAUCUUACACUUGUCGAAGCGUAUGAUCCACAUCUGAAUGAAUGGGAACCAGUAAGCGUAAAUUUACAUCGAACAUAUAUAUAUACAUACAAGGAUAUUUACAGAUAUUUAUAUUGCUAAACAAUAUAUUUUAAGGUUGCACCUUUAAGUACUGGUCGUGCUGGAGUUCCAUGCGUUGUUUUAAAAAAUUUAACUGGUUUCGGAUUUGAUUAA